GAAUCACCUGAACCGCUGAAAAUUUAUUUUGAGAUACUUCAAUUAAUUACUGAAAGUCUCCAACACCUUCAUUUGUUAAAUUUUCACCUGAACAGCUCAACUUUUUACUUAAUUUAAAUGUGCUCUAACUUUUCUGACCAUAAUUUUUAAUUGCUUUGUCGCACUCAGUUUUUCAUUACCUUUGGAAAAUUUUGAAAAUGGAACUUUUUCUGAUCGGGAUAAUUACCAUGCUUUCCGUAAUUGAUGGCGUGUUGGGUGGUGCUGCUUCUGUUAGCUUUGUAGCUGGUCAAGCAGUGACAGGAGAAACAUACUAUUCUAACGUGAUACAAGCAGGAAUGUCAGGCGAUUCUGACGUGAAUAUAACCGAUGAUGAUUUGUGGGGGUACAAUGACGACAUAACCAUCGCGACAUUCACAACAGAAGUCUCGAACCAGCUCGGCUACAACAUAACAGGACUGAAACCCGGUCAGCGAUAUUUCCACCAAAUCAAAGCAGGAACCUAUAUAACUUCGGGGGUGUCGGAACAACAGUUCACCAAUGAGCUUGAGGAGGAGUUUAUUCUAGAGUUGGGUGACAUUGUAAUGACUCCUGACAACGUAAAAAUCUUGCAGAAGAAGGGAAAGGAGGAGGAUCUGUGUGUGGUCUGGUGGUAUCCAAAGGCAGCCGUCUUCUAUAACUAUAUAUGGGCAGAAGUGGAGGAGGGCAAUACCAAAAUUGCACCCGCUGAAGCCCCCAAUCCAUCCCAUGAUGCUGAAUAUCAACAAGUGAAGGAAGAACAAGAGGCUGGAAUUCUUUGCUACCCGAUGGCCUCUGCAUCUGCAGCCGAAGUGGAAGUUGAUAUAUACUUCUAUAUCGAGGGGGUCCAUAUUUCAAUAAUAAACGACGGCUGGUUUGAAACCUACAGUGGCGACUAUUCUGUGACCACCAACUUGUCAGUCGAGGUGAGUUUUGUCCUGGUGGCGUCGCACGAGGAGGGAGCAUGUCUGGAGAGGGACGAGGAGUGGGAGUGUAAGGUCAGCGUCCACGUGACCUCUUUUGGAGCUGAUAUGAAUCAUCAUUUAGAGUACCGUUACACGGUUGACAAGGGCGGAAACAACGGGGCAAUAAUGAACAUCGGCUGUGGGGUCGAAGACGCGCAAGGAAAGAUGGACUGCAGCUCUUACGUCACUGGGCUGGCAAAUGACGAGACCUACUCGGUGGCCUUCGAGAAACUGUGUGUCGUGGACACUGAUGAGUGUAUGGAUUUGUCUGGAGAUGGUCUGACUGUAGAGCUCAAAGUCUCCAUGGCAUGCGCUGCUCAGCCAAUGGGACUCCUCGGAUCAGCUGUUCUCAUGUAUCUGGCUAAUAUCUGGAUAUUUGGAAACUAAUUGAACAAUGGUGCGCGGAGAAAAACUGUACAGAAAAUGGCGAUUUCGUUGAAGGCUACUUAAAAUUUUGAAAUUUCAAGUACAAUAAUUGAAUAUCAUUACACAGGUCAAGCGUAGUGUAUUAUAACGAAGAUUUUUUCUAAACUUAAGUCGCAAAUAAAAGUGCGCAUUUGGUGGCACUUUUGUUUUACAUCAGUUUAACAAAAGUGCCACCAAAUGAGCACUUUUAUUUGCCACUUAGAUUAGAAAAAAAUUCGGCUCAAACCCAAAUUCGGCUCCCUAAAUUCGGCUGAGAAACAGGUAUGGCCUCAAACAAACCCAUUUUUUGACAAUUGGUUAAUUUUUAAAACAUUUUGAUUUUUCUCAAAAAAUACCCUGCCAAGUUGGAGAUUAAAAAAAUAACCAAAAAAAAUAAGUUAUCAUACCUGUGCAAGGUGGUAUGCCCUGCAUUUUGUAAAAAACGAUAGCCUUGGAAAAUUUCCAAUUUUUGAAUAUUUGCCAGCUUUUUGGAAAGUUAUUUUUAAAAAACUAACCUUCUGAUUCUGAGGUUGAGAGCUGGUUAAUACUGACAUGGUGCUUAGAUUUUUUCAGCGUUAGCUGUUUUACCCUGUGAUUUUCUAGAUUUUUUUUUGUCUCUGUUCUCGGAAACGACUAAAAAAUUGGGGCAGGGAAAUCUUCAAUCGACGAAUUGGGAGGUUAUUUCCUUGUUUUAGUAGAGAAAAGUUUAUAGAUUUAGGAAAAGUUAAUUGUUUUUUGAGUUUUUGAUUGGCUUAAGAAAUCAGACCUUCAAUCGAAAGAACAAGUAAUAGUUUAUUCUUUUAAAUAAGCGGUUAAACUCAUUACUCAAGCAGAAAAACACUAGGUUUUAGCGUAAUUUCCAUGAAUUUCGAAAAUGACACAACACAAUCAGUACAAUAUUGAAUUAAAAAUAAUAAAACAGGUAGAUACAGCAUUACCUGGGCCACUAGCUUAUUUCCAAACAACUGUGGUGCAGAUGCGAGGAAGUGAGGCUCCUAAUCAAAAGGUCGGAAAUUCGAAUUACAACAUUUAGGUAGUUUUGUUUUUUGGGCGAAUUUUUGAUUGAAGAACAGUGGCAGUUUGAUAGAAACGGUAACUACCUUAAGCUGUCGUAGAGCAGAUGCGAGAACGUGAUACUCCUAAUCUCAACAGUUUUUUUCUUAAGAAUUAUUUUAUCUGAUUUGUUUUUCCUGUUUGAAGCUCUUUUUUGCAUUUUCCUCUGCGCUUACAUUACAAUUACCACUAUUAAUUCACUACUUACACAAAAGAAGCAUACAAAUUUGAUUGAAAAAAUCCCACACGCCCAUCUUUGCCUUAUUGGAAGUAUUGAUUAGACGCCUCUUCACAAACUAAAUUUUUAUUAGAGUCCCUAUUGCUGACUUCAGCUUUUGACCUCUGAUCCUAGUUGAUUAAUCUGAAACUUUGAACAAAGAUUACAAAUUUUUCCUGAAUUGUAAGAGGUUCUAACUGAAGUCUGCGCUCAAAAUCUGUACAUCGUAUGUGUAAAUACAAUAUUAUACUCAGAUCAUAUCACUUUACAAUUUAAACUUCAAUAAAUGUUUGUUGCUUCUAUCGAAAGUUGCAAUUGAUUGAUGAAGUCUUGGAUAAAA